AUGGCUGAGUACGUACAUCAGAAAGGCGGCGACCACACCGUGGAGCCCCGUCCUACUUCCAUCACGCCUCCGCGUUCGUCACAGGAGAUAAAGGAGAAGACCGAUCUUGCAGCCGGUCUGACUGAAACUGUCGUUGAGGGAGCAGUUACCAAAGAUGGCAUAAAGAUACACCCACAACCAACCACGGACCCGUUGGAUCCAUUGAAUUGGUCACCAUGGCGCAAAAAUACCAUCCUAUCCAUUGUCAUGAUCAAAUACUUCAUGUUCACUUAUGUUACCACAACGACCGUUCCAUCAUUCUUCGAGCUCCAAGAUCAGUAUGCGGCUUCAUACGCGCAGAUCAAUUGGACACUUGCGGUGCCGGCCCUGGGCCUGGCUGUUGGCCCGCUGCUCUGGUCUUCCUUCGCUGAUAUUUAUGGCCGUCGUAUCAUAUUCAUUUUCGGUACCGUGAUCGCAUUGGCUUCAACUAUUGGCGCAGCACUGGCUCCAACUUAUGGCGGUUACAUGGCUGCGCGUUUUUUCCAAGGUUUGGGAGUAUCUCCAGCUGCGACGGUCGGUCUAGCAGCGAUCAACGAUAUGUACUUCGACCACCAGCGUGGCCAGAAGAUUGGUCUCUGGGUUUUGGCCCUCGACACCGGUAUCUUCGUUGGUCCUAUCUUCGGAGGCUUUCUCGACCUGGUAUCACCACAAUGGAUUCAGUGGUUCACUGCAAUCAUCUUUGCAGCAUUGCUUGUGCUAGAGCUUGCGUUCAUGCCAGAGACCCUUUAUCCGCGCAACCAAAUGCUCUCCCAAAUGCCAAUGAUUGGACCAGACGACAUUUCGAAUACUGCCGAUCUUGAAAAGAUUGGCGGCCAACGUGGGGAUGCCUCUAAGGUCGCUCUUCCUCGAACGAAGAAACUGUUCUUUUUCAAUAUCAAGCCUGUACCUGGCAUGCGCCACCCAAAGCCCUGGGAUAGUAUCACGCGUUUCCUGAAGACCUUCCAGUUUCCAGUGGUUGUCAUCGCAAUUUUCUCCUAUUGCUUCACAUGGUACUGGUUCCUCCUGAGCAUUAUCACUUUGCUGCCUGUUGCCUACAUACAGUACAGUCCGCAGAUUCAGGGUCUCCUGUUCUUGGGCCUUCUUCUUGGAACUGUCUUAUCGGAGAUCUUCUGCUCGGGUACGCUUUCGGAUAUCAUCUCUAAGAGAAUGGCGAAAAAGCGAGGGCACAGCGUCCGCUUGCCAGAAGAUCGACUCUGGCUGACAUAUCCGGCUAUAAUCUUGAGUGCCAUUGGAAUAAUAGUCUGGGGUAUCAGCAUCGAUAAGAUGUACCAUUGGAUGGUUGGCCAAAUUGCCUUCUUCAUCUACGGAGCCGGCAUUCAGAUCGGCAAUACCUGUAUCGCUGCGUAUGUUGUAGAUGCGUACCCUCUCCAGUCCAUGAGCGUGAUCACUUUCUACAGCGUUUGGCUGAAUCUAAGUGCAUUCCUCUCUCCGUUCUUCAUCGCACCAUGGCAAGCAACAUCGGGAUUCACAUGGUGCUUUGCUGCACAAGGCAUCAUCACAUUCUUCGCCGCUUUUCCCGUCAUGUUCGCUCUGCAGAAGUGGGGACCUUCAAUGCGGGCGAAGAGUGGACAACCAAGCUGGGUCAAUCCAGAAUUUGAUAUUCUGUGA